AUAAUAGUACUAUCUACGCUGAGUACUCUUUGUCUUCUUCACUCCUUUCACAUUCACUCACUCUCUCUCUCUUCGGGCUCCGUCUCUCUAACUCAGAUCCAGCUCAGGUAGGCCAAAGAAAGGUACUACUUUCUGUUGUGAUUGGGAGUAGCCGAGAGGGGUUUUUGUCUUGUUGGGUCUCAGAGAAUGAGAAGGCUGCGCUUUAAAGGAUUCCAUUCAUAAUGGGUGUUGUUGGGGUUUUGUGAUUUAGACCAUAAAAAUUGAGGUUUUGAAAAUUGGGAGUACAUAAUGGAAGAAAUACAGUCUCAAUCUGAUAAUUAUAGGUCUUCGUCAUCUUCAGCAAGUAGUCCAGCUAGUAGGGUGCCCUCAAGUAACUUUUUCUAUUUGCGUAAACCUGGUUCACUGAGACAACCCAUCUCGUUUGAAGAUUCACCAGAAUGGGAGGAUACAGAUAUUGAUGUAAGGGUGGAGGAAGGAGGUGACUCUAUUAACAUUGCGACCACACCGGCCUCCCCAUCUCUUUCGAAGCUUAAUAGUGGGUCCUUGCCAUCUCCACCAUUACCCGAGGGUGCUGUUGUUGUAAGGAAAAUAGCAGGGGCUUCAGUUGUAUGGAAAGACUUGACUGUUACAAUAAAGGGGAAAAGGAAGUACUCUGACAAAGUUGUUAAGAGUUCAAACGGUUAUGCUUUCCCGGGGACUAUGACGGUUAUCAUGGGUCCUGCUAAAUCAGGGAAAUCCACUCUACUAAGGUCUCUUGCAGGAAGGUUACAUCAUUCAGCCAAAAUGUAUGGCGAAGUGUUUGUUAAUGGGGCAAAAUCACACAUGCCUUAUGGGUCAUAUGGAUUCGUUGAGAGGGAGACCACUCUGAUUGGAUCCCUAACUGUCCGGGAGUUUCUGUACUAUUCAGCACUUCUUCAGCUUCCUGGUUUCUUUUGUCAGAAAAGGAAUGUAGUAGAGGAUGCCAUCCAUGCUAUGUCACUUGGUGACUAUGCAAACAAAUUGAUAGGUGGCCACUGUUAUAUGAAGGGCCUUCCUCGGGGUGAGAGACGGAGAGUUAGCAUUGCCAGGGAACUUGUGAUGAGGCCACAUAUCUUAUUUAUAGAUGAGCCACUAUAUCAUCUUGACAGUGUUUCUGCACUUCUGAUGAUGGUUACACUCAAGAAACUUGCAAGCACGGGGUGCACUCUUAUUUUUACCAUUUACCAGAGCAGCACAGAAGUAUUUGGCCUUUUUGACCGGAUUUGUCUGCUUUCAAAUGGGAAUACCCUGUUUUUUGGAGAAACAUUGGCUUGCUUACAGCACUUCUCAAAUGCUGGAUUUCCCUGCCCAAUUAUGCAAAGCCCUUCUGAUCACUUUUUACGUGCUAUAAACACGGAUUUCGACAGGAUCAUUGCAAUGUGCAAAAAUUGGCAGGAUGAGCAUGGGGACUUCUCAUCGGUGAAUAUGGAUACUGCUGUGGCAAUACGAACCCUUGAAGCAACUUAUAAAUCGUCGGCAGACGCUGCUGCAGUUGAAAGUAUGAUACUGCGACUCACAGAGAAGGAAGGUCCACUCCUCAAAAGUAAAGGCAAGGCUAGCAAUGCUACACGAAUUGCAGUCCUGACUUGGAGAUCGUUAUUAAUUAUGUCAAGGGAAUGGAAAUUCUACUGGCUUCGACUUAUUCUUUGUAUGCUUCUUACUCUCUGUGUCGGUACAGUAUUUUCUGGCUUGGGACAUUCUCUGUCUUCAGUUGUGACAAGAGUUGCAGCCAUAUUUGUAUUUAUAUCAUUCACUUCGCUUCUAAGCAUUGCUGGAGUACCGGCACUGCUGAAAGAAAUCAAGAUAUAUGCUAGUGAAGAAUCAAACCAGCAUUCGGGUGCAUUUGUCUUUUUACUGGGGCAGCUUCUCUCUAGCAUCCCGUUCCUGUUUCUAAUCUCCAUUUCGUCGAGCCUUGUCUUCUAUUUCCUUAUAGGAUUGCAGGACGAAUUCAGCUUGUUGAUGUACUUUGUGCUGAAUUUUUUCAUGUGCCUUUUAGUAAACGAAGGACUAAUGCUAGUUGUUGUUUCUUUAUGGCAACAUGUUUUCUGGAGCAUCUUGACACUGGUAUCCAUACAUGUAUUAAUGAUGCUUGCCGCAGGCUAUUUCAGAAUUCGAAAUGCUUUGCCUGGACCAAUGUGGAUGUAUCCAUUAUCCUACGUCGCAUUCCAUACAUAUUCUAUUCAGGGCCUCUUGGAGAAUGAAUACCUAGGGACUUCCUUUGCAGUUGGGCAGGUAAGGACCAUAACUGGAUUUCAGGCCAUUCGUAGCGCAUAUGACAUAUCUUCAGACAAUAAUUCCAAGUGGGAGAAUUUACUCAUUCUGUUUCUUAUGGUGGUUGGGUAUCGCAUUCUGGUGUUUGUUUUACUGCAUUUUCGUUUGGGGAAAAAUAAAUCCGUAAACAAAAUUUUUCAAUGUAAUCAGGAUAAGAAAAGCACAAGUACAAGAUGAAUGAAAGUAGUGGUAGUGUGAGCCUUGUUCCCUGGACCCUUCACAUUUGUAUAAUUCUUUUUGUUGUUGCUUAGCUUGUCCAUUAAGUUUUGAAAACCUUUGUGAAAUGAUACAUGUGUCUCUACCAUAAUUAAAAGAGGUUUUCAGGCUUUGGUGUUUCAUGCCUGAUUUAUGGGUUA